GGAUUGUGCUGUGUCAGUCCAGAGAGGUGCAGCUGGGAUGUGCAUGGCUACCACCGUCCUACAGCUAUAGAGGAGAUGCAUGUAGUGGACGGUAGAAGUGAGAUUUGGGAUUAACCUUCCUUUGGAUUGAGUGACUUGGUUGCACUGACCACCAGAUCAGGAGCCCUGACCACCCACCUCCCCGAGACCAGGACUUUCAACAAUGGCUGCAAAUAAGGUUGGAAAAAGACUGUUAAAUAAAAACCAUUCGCCAUCCAGGAGCAGGGAUUCGGGACAAGCCAUACAAAGGAGACAAGCCCGGGUGACUGUCAAAUAUGACCGCAAGGAGCUGCAGAAGAGGCUGGACGUGGAGAAGUGGAUAGAUGAGACCAUUGAGCAGCUGUACCAGGGCAGGGAAAUGGACAUGCCCGAUGAGGUGAAUAUCGAUGACCUCCUGGACCUAGACACAGAUGAGCAGAGAAGAAGCAGCUUGCAGGUCAUCCUUGGUUCUUGUACUAACACAGAGGCUUUUAUUCGAGAUUUGCUGUUCAAGUUAAAGGGACUUCAGAAACAGACUCUCCUAAGGAAGAACGGUCUGGGGAUCAGCAAUGAAGAUCAGAUUCGGGAACAUGCGUGACCGACGAAUACUGCUAACCUAUAACGAGGGGGGGGGGGGGGGGGGGUCAGCAAGCACAAGGCAUCUCUAUACGUGAAAGAUGGAUGGAUGCAAAAGACAAAAUGAGCAUGGCAGUGGUGAUCAGGAGGCAUCUGGUGAUGGGACCACAUCGAUGUGUCGCACAUUCCCGCACUUCAUUAUUCUACAACCUGAUGCUUCAGAUACACCGCCACCUUCUUCUGCAUUAUCCAUUGUACUAGAAAGCUCAACCAAACAGAUUGCUCCUCAAGACCCCCCCGUCCUGAACGUGAAGGAAGACAUAUCUGUAUUACGUAUAUAUUGUUCACAAUAAGUGUUAUUUUUCUUUAUAGACUGUGAUCUCACCGGGCCGGGGACCAUAUAGUGAUAUCUUUAGCUGGUACUUUGCUUUUCCAUAAACAUUAAAGGGGUUAUUUGAGACUUUCUAACUGAUGACCUAUCCAGAGGGUAUCCAGAGUAUCUGAUUGUGGGGGUCCAACACCCGAGACCCUCGCCGAUCAGCUGUUUCAGAACAGGUCAGCCCCAUUCACUUGAAUGGGCCUGAGCUGCUGAAAGGCCAUGUGACCGAUGAAGGCAUGUCCUAGAGAAAACCGCAAGAAGGCAACGGCACUCACAGGAACGCUGGUGACUUCAGCAGAUCGGCGGGGGUCCGGGGUGUCGGACUCCCUCCAAUCAAAUACUGAAGACCUACCCAGAGGAUAGGUCAUCAGUUUCAAAGUCUCGGAAAGCCCCUUUAACCAAGGGGGAAAAAAGUUGCAUUCCAUAAUUUGCACAUAGGUUUUGGCUCAUAGUCACCUGAUAGACCUAUUCGGUAUCCUAAUAUCACUACACUAGUAGGUGCCACUUGCUGGGUGAUCACUAUCACCUUGACCGGUGAAUGAGUCAGGUGAUCCAUCGUGGCCAAUCGGCUGAGAGGGACGCAGUGUUUAACAUACACUGCUCUCUCCCUGUUGUCACCCCCAACCGAGAACUGGUACUGGGGCAUGUUAUAGAGGUCAUCCUAUAAAGAGGCCUUUCUAGUACCUUUAUCAAACUUGGAUUUUAGAUCAUAUUUCAGUCAUAUCUUUCGACAGCUCUUUCUGCCACCUCCACCAUGAACAUGCACACUCUGCUGAGCUGCUGCAAUCCAACAUGACCAGUUAGAGGAUGAUCAGCAGGUCCCCAUUUACCUAAGAUCAUCAGUCAAUCCUACCAAUAUUGGUGGCUUUGGCCAAUUUGUCGCUCAUCUAUAUGGCUCUGGCUACUAGUAUCUACAGUAAGUGUUCACAUCUCGUUUGAGCCUUCCGUCAGAGGGAGGACCUGCGAUGGAAAGCAUUGACGUGCGCCACUGUAUAGGUGUGCCGAAGCUUUCUUCGACCAUAGGCAUCUGUAUUAAAAAAGAAAAAAAACAAAGAAACCCUCUGUAGACAUUUUUUCGCAGAAAGCCUCUACAUGUACAAGCACAGUUGACUGUAUAAUUCUAUACAGUAUUAAAAGGUAGCCUGACGGGGGCCAAAACUACAACCCUUAACCUCAGUCAGGUGAAUAGGGGUCUAUGGAUACCUAUAGGAGUAGGCACAGACACUAACCGCAUACCACAGAUGCCGUGUGAGCAUAGUCUUAGCCUUGGCUCACACACCACUGGAGGAGCCGUCAGGUAUAAAGUUAAGUUUAGUUGCUUUUAAAGUGUUUUUAAGAGAUUUUUUUAAAGAGAUUUUAGUGAGUUCUUGACAGUUUGUAUUUAUCCUGAGAUAUAAAUUUUUAUUUUUUUUAUAUUUGCACAAGGGUAGGUUCACACAAUUUUUUUGGAGAAGGUUUUGAGGCAGAUUGUCCUGCAUGUUUUUCAGCCAAAACCAGAAGAAGUUUUGGAAUUAGGUCCUUCAGAGUGAGAGACAAUCCUUAUAGCCUCUCUGCACUCUGACUAGUACAUGGGGGUCUUGAAUGGGGACCCUUUUCUAUUAACUCUGGGUUUUCUCUACCCUUAGGCCUCAUGCACACGACCGUUCUUUUUCUUUGCGGUCUGCAACCCGCGGAUCUGCAAAAAACAGAAGCCGCCUGUGUGCCUUCCGCAAUUUGCGGAGCGGGUGGCCCAUUGUAGAAAUGCCUAUUCUUGUCCGCAAAACGGACAAGAAUAGGACAUGUUGUUAUAUUUUUUUUUGCGGGGCUACGGAACGGAGCAACGGAUGCGGACAGCACACGGAAUGCUGUUCGCAUCUUUUGCGGCCCCAUUGAAGUGAAUUGGUCCGCAUCCAAGCCGCCAGAAAACUGGGGCUCGGAUGCUGACCAAAACAACGGUUGUGUGCAUGAGGCCUUACAUGUACGUAUAGCAGUGUUCCUGAUAUUUUAAGGUGACCAUUUCUUCCACAGACCAUAGGACCUGGUAACUUUCCAGAAUCUAGGAGGUUCUUCUAAGCUCUUUGGCCCUUUUCCACCUCAUGAGAUUUUAUACUGCUGGCUAGUUAACUUUGGAGCCUAUGUAAGCGUAUUUAUACACGUUUUGUUGCCUUUUUAAUAUAAGUAUUAACAUGGAUGCCGUGAUGUUACUUCAAUGGUAAUAAAAUGUUUUACUUUGA